GGGGUGCAGAGCAGGCGCACCUAGCAGAGCCUUCGUUUGCUGGCGUCUCCUCAGGACCCCAGACAUGAAACUCAUCAUCCCCGCCCUGUUGUCCUUCGGGGCCCUUGGACUGUGUUUGGCUGCCCCUAGGAGAGGCGUGCGAUGGUGCACCAUAUCAAGACCAGAGGCAAGAAAAUGCUCCCAACUCCAACGGAAUCUGAGAAAAGUGCGUGGUCCCUCUAUCUCCUGCAUAAGGAAAACCUCCCAAACCGAAUGUAUCAAGGCCAUCGCAGCAAACAGGGCAGAUGCUGUGACCCUGGAUAGCGGUUUGGUGUUUGAGGCAGGACUGGAACCCUACAAACUGCGACCUGUAGCAGCGGAGGUCUACGGGACCGAAGCCGAGAGACAAACCCAGUACUAUGCCGUGGCCGUAGUGAAGAAAGGCAGUGGUUUUCAGCUGAAUCAAACGCAAGGCGUGAAGUCCUGCCACACUGGCUUCACCCGCUCCGCCGAGUGGCACAUCCCUAUGGGCGUGCUUCGUCCAUACCUGAACUGGGCGGGGCCCCCCGAGCCCCUACAGGAAGCUGUGGCCAAGUUCUUCUCAGCCAGUUGUGUUCCCUGCGUGGAUGCUACACAGUACCCCAACCUGUGUCGUCUGUGUGCUGGGACAGGGGCAGAUAAAUGUGCCUGCUCUACCCGGGAACCAUACUUUGGCUACUCCGGUGCCUUCAAGUGUCUGAAAGACGGGGUCGGAGAUGUAGCUUUUGUCAAGGAGACUACAGUGUUUGAGAACCUGCCAGAGAAGGCUGAGAGGGACGAGUAUGAGCUGCUUUGCCCAGACAACACUCGGAAGUCAGUGGAUAAAUUCAAGGAAUGCCACCUGGCCCGGGUCCCUUCUCAUGCUGUUGUGGCCAGAAGUGUGAAUGGCAAGGAGGACAGGAUCUGGACGCUUCUCCGCCGGGCACAGGAGGAGUUUGGAAAAGGCAAGUCACCGGCAUUCCAGCUCUUCAGCUCCCCUUCUGGGCAGAAGGACCUGCUGUUCAAAGAUAAUGCCCUAGGGUUUGAGAGGAUCCCCUCGAAGAUAGAUGCUGGGCUGUACCUCGGUUCCAAGUACCUCACGGCCAUCAAGAACCUGAGGCAAACGGCUGAGGAGGUGGAGACGCGGCGCGCACAGGUCGUGUGGUGCGCGGUGGGCCCCCAGGAGCAGAGCAAGUGCCAGCAGUGGAGCAGCCAGAGCAUGGGAAACGUGACCUGUGCCACAGCCGCCACCACCGAGGACUGCAUCGCCCUGGUUCUGAAAGGAGAAGCCGAUGCUAUGAGUUUGGAUGGAGGAUUUAUCUACGUUGCGGGCAAAUGUGGUUUGGUGCCUGUCCUGGCAGAGAGCCAAAAAUCUGAAAAUAGCAAUAAUAUGAACUGUGUGGAUAGACCCGUGGAAGGGUAUCGUGCUGUGGCGGUCGUCAGGAGAUCAAAUGCUGAUAUUACCUGGAAUUCUGUGAGAGGGAAGAAGUCCUGCCACACGGCUGUGGGCAGGACCGCAGGCUGGAAUAUCCCCAUGGGCCUGCUCUUCAACCAGACAGGCUCCUGCAAAUUUGAUGAAUUCUUUAGUCAAAGCUGUGCCCCUGGGUCAGACCCGAGCUCCAGUCUCUGUGCACUGUGUAUUGGCAACGAGGCGGGCCAGAACAAGUGUGCGCCCAACAGCAAUGAGAGAUACUAUAGCUACGCCGGGGCUUUCAGGUGCCUGGCUGAGAAUGCUGGAGAUGUUGCAUUUGUGAAAGAUUCCACUGUCUUGGAGAACACGAAUGGAAGGAGCACUGAAGAGUGGGCUAGGAAUUUGAACCUGGCGGACUUUGAGCUUCUGUGCCUUGAUGGCACCCGGAAGCCUGUGACUGAAGCUGAGAGCUGCCACCUGGCCAAGGCCCCAAAUCAUGGUGUGGUAUCUCAGAGAGAGAAGGUAGAACACGUGGAAAAGGUGCUGCUCAAACAACAGGCGAAGUUUGGAAGAAAUGGAUCAGACUGUCCGGACAAGUUUUGUUUGUUCCGGUCCGAAACCAGAAACCUUCUGUUCAAUGACAACACCGAGUGUCUGGCCAAACUCCAUGGCAAAACGACAUACGAAACAUAUUUGGGACAAGAGUAUGUCACUGCUGUUGCUAAUCUGAGACAAUGCUCCAGCUCCCCGCUUCUGGAAGCCUGCGCCUUCCUGAGGAGGUAAAACCCAAGAAGGUGGCCCAUGCUCCCCCAGGGAGCCCCAGCCCUUCCCUGCGCCCGGCCCCCAGCCCCAGGCACGCUGGGGCCUUUUUCUCCCGUCCUGAGGUGCAGUUUCCCAGUCACAUCUGCUUUCACGUUUCCCUGCUGUCAUCUUAGCAAGAAAUAAAAUCAGAAAUGCUGUUGCUUUUCA